AUGGACUGUCUUGUGCGAGUGAUGCACGCAGGAGGCGGGACACCCAGACCACGAGCGUCCUCAGCAGCAUCCUCCCCGAGGAAGGCGGCAGCAUCCAGCCUCCUUGUCUUGUCCUGCGCGGCCGCCGCCCGCACCAUGACAUCGGGGGAGUUCAUGCAGACCGCUCCGCUGCUAGCGCACAGAUCCAAGAGGAGUCUGCUGUACAAGACGCUCUGCUUCAUCCUCCUCGUCUUCCAGGGGGGCAUUCUGGAUUUUUACCUCAUCAUCUUCACCGACUUGUACUGGUGCUCGUGGAUCGCCACGGAUCUGGUGGUGAUCUCGGGCUGGGGGAUUUUUUUCAUGAAGAACGCGUGGAGCAAGAGGGAGAGGGCUUGCGGCUUCCACCAGAAGAGUUCCAUUUUCGGCUGUAACCUCGGGGAGUUUACCUACGCCUACUUGGCAUGGCUCAUCUAUGUCAUCGCCUGCACCCCAAAGGUGGUGCUCAUCCUGGAGACCUCCAUCCUGGAUCUGAUUGAGCUUAAGGUGCCGUGCGGGGUGACCGGCUUCAAGAUCAUCGUGCUGCUGUCCGCGCCGCUGCUCUUCUGUCUGAUCAACUCCAUCAUCGAGGAUCUAAACGGGGCGACGCGGCACCACUCCCACAGUUGCUUCAUGAGCACCUGCUUGGACCUGCUCGACAGCUUCACGCUAGUGGAGAUGCUGCUGAUGAGCGAGAUCCCCACCUCGUAUCUGAAGUACACCGUGGUCUCGGUGUACUUCGCGGCUCUGGCCGUGCCCGUCCUGUGGCUUUACGAGCUGACCGCGUCGGAGCUCCGCUGCCGGUGGCUGUGGGCCCGCUUCUUCAUGUGCCUGGUGGUCAACGCGCCCCUGCUUGUGGUCAGGUGUUUCUUGGUCUUUGUCUACAGGAUGCCGGUGUCAGUAUUCAUGUUCAAAAACAUCUUCUUCUUGGUGUGUAAGUUCCUGGAACUGGUAGAGCAAUCUGUGGCGGUGCGGGGGGCCCGGAGGCUGGCUGGGAGCAGCAACCAGGCCCAGUUCUCCCACUGCGUGUCCGAGAACGACAUGUGCCCCCACGGUUACGUCAACACCCUGGCCGUAACGCACUCAUAGGCCCCUUUGGCCCCCGAGCGGGAUGG